AACAACUGUUAUAGCUCUUAGUAUUGUCAUUUAUACUGUCUGGCUGUAUGUAAUGUAUCACUUUUUAAAAUGAGACUAAUUGAAGCCUGUACACAAAUAAUUGAUAUACAGUAGUUCCAACCAGCUUAAAUAACAUGGAAGUCGCAUUAUACGAUCAUUUUCAUAUAUAUUGUAUACUGUAUGGUGCUGUACUGUGUAUAUUCAGUGAGAACAUCUAAUUUACAGUUUCCUCCAGUGGGCGGAGUAGCACGGCUCUGCCUGGCCGCACAGCGCUGCUCUCAGCUUCGCGUAGUUGCUUCCCUCUCACUCAUGCGGACCCGGUCAAAGCUCGUGGACUAGCCUGAGGUGUGGUGGCGGACUGUAUCGGGAUUGUAGCGGACUGGGUGACCCAGUGGACCAUGGCUGCCAAAGAGGACCUCUACAGUAAAAUCCUCCCUCGGAGGCUACGGCAGAACCGGCCGGGUUCAGUGAAAUGUGGUUCCAACCUGGACGUGCUGUUAUCCAUGGGCUUCCCCAGACCAAGAGCACUGAAAGCUCUGGUAUCAACAGGAGGUCGGAGUGUGCAAGCAGCAUGUGACUGGCUGUUCUCCCAUGUGGAUGACCCGUUCCUGGACGACCCUCUGCCCAGGGAGUUUGUCCUCUACCUGCGACCCAGUGGACCAUUGCAGAACCAGCUCUCCCACUUCUGGCAACAGAGCCGGGUCACUUGUGGCAAAAACAAAGCCCACAACAUUUUCCCCCACAUCACCCUCUGCCAGUUCUUCAUGUGUGCCGACCACAAAGUAGAAGCUCUAUGCGAGGCCCUCCAGGCCUCCGUCCAGCAGUGGCGGGGUCGAUUUCCUAGCCCGCUGCCUCUGGAGCUCUACACAUCCUCCAACUUCAUUGGUCUUUUCGUGGAAGAGCAGGUGGCCGACGUCCUCAAGCAGUUUGCGGCCGAUUUCACCACAGAGGCCGCCAGGAAGGCAGAGGUGCAUGUGGAGCCUCAUAAGAAGCAGCUCCAUGUCACUCUGGCCUACAACUUCCCCACCAAUCACCUCCCAUCACUGGAGAAACUGGCCAAGGGCAUCGAAGUCAAGCUCGGCUGUGAUUGGCUGGCAGUCCUGUUCUCCCGGGACAUUCGUUUUGCAAACCAUGAGACGCUGCGGGUGAUGUACCCCUACGUGCCUCAGAACGAGGAUGAGCUGGAGCUGGUUCCUGGCGAUUUUAUCUUCAUGUCUCCAAUGGAUCAGAGCAGUACCAGUGAGGGCUGGGUGUAUGGGACCUCCCUGGUCUCUGGGCUGUCCGGCCUGCUGCCUGAGAACUACGUCAGCCUGGCCGAUGAGUCUGACACCUGGGUCUUCCAUGGCUCCCAUUCCUUCUUCAGCUGUGGGCCCAGCGACAAGAGCAGCAAGGAGAGACGGAUGUUCGAUGGGCUGCUGGACAGCCGACGGCCUGAUAACACCAGUCCUGGAGACACACCCACCCUCAGUCUCAUAUGUCAUCCAAUGCAGCAGGUCCUGCGGAUUAGUGGUAGUCAUUCUAGGCAGCCUAAGCGGACACUUUUCGUCUGUCGGCACGGUGAGAGGAUGGAUGUGGUGUUUGGCAAACACUGGCUCUCCCUCUGCUCCGACAGUAAAGGUAGAUAUGUACGUUCCAAUCUGAACAUGCCUCCCAGUUUGCCGCUGUGGGGCGGACAGAGAGAUUAUGACAUGGACGCUCCCAUCACUGUGUUUGGAUCCACACAGGCUCGACUAGUGGGUGAAGCUCUAUUAGAGAGUAACUCAGUGAUCGACUUUGUGUACUGUUCUCCCUCUCUGCGAUGUGUUCAGACUGCACAGAACAUCCUGAAAGGUCUGCAGCAGGAUGGUAAGCUGAAGGUUCGAGUGGAACCGGGGCUCUUUGAAUGGACCAAGUGGGUUUCUGGGAACUCCCUGCCUGCAUGGAUACCUCCCACUGACCUGGCUGCAGCUCACUUCAGUGUGGACACAGCAUACAGACCUCUGAUCCCAGUCAGCAAGCUCACUGUGUCUGAACCGUAUGAGAGCUACAUGAGCCGGAGUUACCAAGUGACCAAAGAUAUCCUGUCGGACUGCAAAAACACUGGAAACAACGUGCUGAUUGUAGCCCACGCUUCUUCCUUAGAGGCUUGCACACGGCAGCUGCAAGGCCGUGGCCCACAGAGCGCCAAAGACUUCAUCCAAGUAGUCCGAAAGAUCCCCUACCUGGGCUUCUGCUCCUGUGAGGAGCAGGGAGACACAGGGGUUUGGCAGUUAGUGGACCCUCCCAUCCUCCCCCUCACACAUGGACCAAACCACUCCUUUGACUGGAGGGAGACACUGAUGCAAGAAUGACAUCGGAUCUGAACUCCGUUCACCCUGAUCAUACUGUGCUCCCUCCCCUCCAUUGACUGCAGUAACAGACUCGUUUCAGACUAGUGCCCCCAAAAUACUGGAACUUUUCUUAUCACAGCCUCUUCACACAGCUGAUGGCUCAGCAGUGCCGGUCAGAAGAGGCUUCCUCCCUGAAGAUGAGGAGACGAGUCCCAGCCGGUGAAUGGUUGGCGAACUGACUGAACAGACUGGUUUUAACAAUGAUUUAGCAAAUGUUCAUUCUCAAAUGUCAUUGCAUUGUUAUUUUUAUUUUUGCAUGAAUGAGGGAGACAUAGUUUGGGCAGUAUGGGUGUUGGCUGCACUGUGUGGGAGAGCUUGCUCUGAAAUCCAGCUGGUUUCUGUGUAGACUUUGUCAUCCCAGUCUCAGGAGAUUUUGUGAAAUAAGAACAUUUUAUAUCAUAUAACAAUGUGCUCUGUGUAUGAAUGCGUGAAAAUUGAGAUUUAACUAUUCUCUAUAAACAGAUAUCUGUAUGAAAACAGGCAACGAGACAAGAUUCUGGUAUCGGAAGCGUUCUGGUUUCCAUGAGUAGUCCGAGUAGUAUUGACCAAUCAUGUUUGAGCGGGUUUUGGUUGCAUGCAGGUAAACAGAGCAAAAGAGGGGGGAGUGCAUUGACUAUUGUCUGACAACUAAUGAGCUUUUUAUUAGAUAACAAAGGAACUUUUAACUGAGUGUAAACUGACUACUUGUGAAACAAUUCCUUUGUAGACGUCGUUUCUCAACUCAAUUUGCUAAUCGGACUGUAAUCUAUGACUGUCGCAAGGAAGAGGAAGUCUUGACAUCGGUUAUCCAGAUAUCCGCUGGCUACACUGGAACCCCCAAAAUAUUGCACGUUUACAAAGUCAAAAAGUUUCAGUUCCCUAAAUAUGAACUGGAUAACUCUAAACUCAAAUUGGUUACUUUCCUGAAUUUAACUAGCUAACAUGAAACAUUAGCUGUGUCCGACUACACUCAGGUCAUUGUUUUAGUGUGUUAGCAUACAAUGGUACACAUUUCAAGACGCUAAAGUUAGAAUAAAAUGUUAAGAUGUGGACAUUGCUAAAUUUAGCAUUAGCAUGUAACCAUUCUAGUGUUUGUAUUUUAGGUUUUUUAUCAAGUAUCAUCAUGCAAACAUGAAACAUUAAAUAUGACUCAGUUUAUGCUGCCUUCAAAUAGGGUUGUGUUUACCGUGUUCAUCAGACAAUUUCAGAAAUAUCGUAUCGAGUUUUUAUAGUAUUUAUAUAAUAUGUGGAAAUGUGAAAUAUAUAGGAAAAUGUUGAUAUUCCCAACAGCCUUAUCUUUUUCCUCCGUCAUUAUGCCUUAGGAUUUUCCUACAUUUUGUUACCCACUUGCUAACUUGUUAGCCAUAGUAAAUUGACUUGCCGUUGCCUAGCAGCGGUGUUGUUACGACUGAACCACUUGAAGAGCAUCAUGUGCACAACUCAUAACUACAAGUUCACAAGUUCCUUUUGAAGGCAGCAUUACUUCCUGUAUAUCUCACAUGCAGUAUGUAAGCCUAAUAACAUGCUGUUGCAGCUCAUGCUUUUUACUUACGAUACUUUAAACCAUUUUGAUUUGGGUAACAUGGCAGUCCCACUAAUAUUAAGAAUCUAAAGCAUUUAUGUUUUCUGGUGUGCAAUGCAGCCUCAUUGGGUUGCCAUAGACUUUUGCAGUUGCAGGUAGAUCUUUGGGCCAAUUGUAACUAACAGUUUGCAUAAUUUGUUUCUACAAUAUCAGAUUUGCGUUUUAGUUUUUCCUUAGUUCACAAAAUGUAAUGAGACUGUUGAGAAUUUUUGAGUGUUACAUCAUAAGAGCACUGCUUUCCUGCACAGAUCCCAGCAGCAUCUUCACUAUUCCUUCACCCCACUACUUCAGUGGCCGAGGGAAGACAUAUCAGUGUUGGCUUCAGGUCUUCAUCAGGGACUUUCCUGAUGCUGCCCACAUAAUGUGGUUGUCUCCAUUUUGGUAGCACAUCCAGUAGAGCAGUAUCUUGUGCCAUUCAUGUAGUGUAUAUAAAAACAACAUCUAUAUAACAGCACAACCUGCACUAUUGACAAUCAUACAGUAGCUGCUUGAUUCUGAAACGUUUGUACUGUGCUUUUGUUAAAUGUUGUUCAAGGCUUCAGAGUAGCUGUAAAUAAUCCUAUUUUGGAAAAUAGAAAAAGUCUUCCAGUUGCAUUUUUAUUUAUUUAUCAACCUUUCAUUCAGAUGUUACAAGCAAACAUAUUAGCAGCAUGAAAUAAUUUAUGCUUGGUAUCUCAGGUGUUGACUGCAUUUAAGACAUGUUCCAUUAAUUGAGUGACUGUGUUGUUGUGAGUGUCUGUUGGAAUUAAAGUGAUGUCUCCUGAUGUACUGACUGUACUCGUACUCGCUGCAAAAGAAGAAGCCGUUGUAAACAGAAAGUUUGCUCAUGUUGAGAAGCACAUCAGUGUGACUUAAGAGACGGUUCUCAUCACAGCCGGGAUGAUGAACUCAUCUCAGUUCUGGGUAACAUUUUGGAGCCUUUUAGAGAUUUAUCAGCUUGGAACGCCAACCCUCCACAAACAGAACCAGAACCUGUAGUCGUUCCAAGAUCAUUCUGGAGAACAUUUUGGUCCCUUCACCGACAGAAGCAAGAAAUUGUAAAAUACAAGUUGUGUUCCAUUUUAUUGGCCACCUGUUUGGAACUCCAUUUUUAAUGACUAAAUAUGUCAUGAGGUAGGCUAAUGCUAAAAGCUCACCGUGACAUUGUGGAGGAUCCAAUAAGUACAUAAUUCAGUAUCUCUCCCCCUUAAAAUGCAUUGUGGGUAGUGAGGACAAGGCUUUGUAACUGCAGCUGAAACUGACGUUGUGGUUGUUAAAUUGUAAAUCAAUAAUGUAGACCUAAGAAAUGACGUUCAUAUGUGUAAUGCCUGUGAAAUACAGUAAUACGUUGUGUGAGGUUCUGAUGUGAUUCAAAGGAAAGCUGUACUUUUUUACUCAGCACAGCAGAUCCUUCAGUUUAGCUCAACAACAGGUUUUUCUCAGUGGUGGUUGUUGUGGGAAACAGCCAGCAUAUCCUCUAGUAUCUGUUGACUCACAUAAAAGUGACUGAAGAGUUGAAAGUUGUUCAGUGUCCGGCUCUGCUGAGAGCUCCGCUGGAUGCUGAGCUUUGUAAUGGAACAUUUUGACAUAUUUGGGAAAUAUGCUGAUCCACUUUAUAGCUGAAACUUCCAACACUUCCAUACCGUGCUGAAGUCUGUCCACUAGAUAUGAUGCUAGAGCUAGCAGGGGAUUGGCUUUGCUAGCCUAGCUCUGUCCAACAUUCAAACAUACGCCUACCAACACCUCAAAGUUUUACUAAUAAACACGUUUUAUUCAGUUGUUUAUUAUGUUCACAACAAGACUCCAGGAAGUCACCACACCUGGCCAAUAAAUAGUUUAAGCAUGUAACUCCAUGUAUAACCACAUCUUGUCUUUUAUUACAUUUUGCCUUUUGUGCUGAUUAAAUAUAUGAGGUGUGCUUUAGAGCAGUUGGUGGGCUGAGAUAUAUGUGCAUUUCCAACAAUGUCAAGCUAUAAAUGAUAUAAAUAUGGGAGUAUGCGUAUUUCCAAAUAUGAACAACAUACUGAGAACCAUCAUUAAUUGACUGGGGCAUCAAAAAUGUGAUUUGAUACUUACGGCUGUGUCGUCCAUCUUCCAAAACAGCUGAGAACAACCUUCUCAACAUCUUCCUGCAGCACAUUACCAGUAAUAUCAUGGAAUGCAUUUAAAUCACUGUAUUGCUGAGCAACUAAUGACACAGGGAGACAAUGAUGCAGGUGUUGGAAUAAGUAAAUGGACUGCAUUUAUAUAGCACUGUAAACUUAUAUAUAUAUAUAUAUAUAUAUAUAUAUAUAUAUAUAUAUAUAUAUAUAUAUAUAUAUAUGUAUAACUUAUAUAGCACUUCUAAGUAAAUUGCUACUACAGAAAUAUGAGAGGUUUCUCUUUUGAAUUACAACAUACAGGAGCAGCAUGUGUUGUAUUAAAGAAUUAUAACCAGAAGAAGAAAGCAGCCCAGAGGAAGAAGCCAUGUUGUUCUUGUAGUCUUUAUUUAUUGUCUGAACAUAUCACCAAACGUGUACAGCAAUUGACUUAAUGUUUCAAAAUAUAUAUUUGUUUUGUUUUUUAUUCAAGAUGAAGUUCUGAAUGUUUCUUCUGUUGCGUUUGUGAAGUGUUGAGCUAUAAAGAAAACAGUUGUCCUUUUUAAUUAAACAGCUCUAAUAUUUUCAUAUUUUAAA